AUGAAGCUCGCCGGUGCUCUCGCCCUCCUUGCUAUCGCAGGUCACGUUACGUCAGCCCCUAUCCCCGAAUCGGACGGUGUGGCUCUCCAGCAGCGGCAGGCAGCCGACGUGGUGCUCAUCGAACGCGACGGUGCUGCCGACGACCAGCGCGUUGUCGACAAUAACCUAAACGACUUUGAGGACGAGGAUGGCCAGAUUGAAGGCGCCAACUACGGCGACGUUACCAAUUUUGUCCGCCAGAUCCUUGAACUCGAGGAUCUUGAUGAUACCGAUCAAGACAUCGCUUCGAGGUCCCUUGACACGGGCGAAGGGGAAGCCGGCAGCUGGGUCAACGAGGCCCUCGCCAUCAUCGCUCGAGACGCUGAUGACCUUAAUGUUGAGGUCAUUCGCUCGAGUGAGGACAAGAACGAGGCGCGUUCGAAAGUCAAAGGAGCGUUCAAGAAUUUUGGGCAUGGAAUCAAAGGAGGGUUCAAGAAGGUUGGGAGUGGCUUCAAGAGGGAUGGGGGUGGCGUCAAGGCUGGCGUCAAGGCCGGCUUUAAGUCUGGCGUCACGUCUGGCGUCAAGGCUGGCGUCAAGGCUGGCGUCAAGGCUGGCGUCAAGGCUGGCGUCAAGUCCAACGCGCGCAAGUUCGAUUCGAGGAGUCUGGUGCGUAUCGACAAGCCCGAGAUCCGUGGCCUGUCCGAGGUCAUGCAUGCCCUAGGCCCCGGAGGCUCGACCUAA